GGAGCAAAAGGAAUUCACACGGGACGGGAAAAGAGCAGUUUCCGGCUCCUUUCUUCUGGCAUAUCCGCUCGGGCCGGCGAAGAUCGCCCUUCCUCCAGCUCUCGGUCUCCUUGACCGAGAGCAACGCAGAAUCCGGGGGCCCACGCUCGCACGCUCUCGCACACGAGUCGCCGCGGACGUUCCCACGAAAGUCGCCCCUCCCGAUUUUCGUCUCCCCUUUUGGCGACGACGACGUAGUCGGUACCCUCUCGCUCCCUCUCCACGUGCGUGCGCUCGGGGUUUCGCUUUUCACCUCGACGGGGCCCUCCAUAUUCCGGUGCCCCCUCCAACGUCGUCCAUCCCGAGGGCGCGCACCUCCUGAUCAUCAUCCCCACCAACGGGGUCGCGGACGAUACACCACGCGGUCGUGUGUCUCUCGUUCCUGCGUCCUCCCGCACACGACAUACGUCGGCCGCCACGCGACCAGUGCACACGCACAUCCUGCAGCAGCCGAAGAGCGCGUUCAGACUCUUCUUCGACGCACGCGACCGCGAGCGACGUCGCGGGUAGCCGCGGCACGUGAACGACGAUCAACUCCGUCGCCGAGGACAAGUGCCAGGACCGAUUGCUCCAUUCGCGGAUUGCACCAUUUUCGGGGCUUUUCGGUCCUGACCCUUCUCAAGGUCUCGCGAAACGUCUCCCAGAAUUCGUCAGAAGAAAUACAGCCUUAUUCUCAGGACUCGCGAGUUUAGUGGAGUUUAGGUUCUUCGGGAUCAGCAGCAAGACUCUUCGAACCUCUUCGGAUUCUGCAGAUAUUCUGAUAGUGAAAUCGUGUGUUUGACUUCACUUCGAUUUUUUCAUACAGUGACAGUGACAGUCUUUAAAAAAUAUACAUCUUCAGAUUCUGCAGAUAUUCUGAUCUUUGAAAUGUAUACUUUGUAAUGAGUGAAGAGAUCGUGUUUGAUUUUACUUCGACUUUCUCAUACAGCUCUUUCGAAACAAAAUAUAUGUAAACCGACCAUCGUACGACAGCUGUAGCUGAUUGCAGCUUCGGUCGACCGCAAUGACACUUCCCAUUGUCAUGAAACGUUUGACAUCUCGCGGUAUCAAACGGUAGCGCGAUUAACGCCAUCACAUCCUUCGACUCGCAAGAAUUAAGUCUCGCCCGAUCGCAUCCCCUACUUUCCGCGACUCUCUCAGGGCGCAACAUGUGGCGAGUGGUGGUCGCGCGUUCCGACGACAACAGCACCCUGUUGUCCUCCGAGAUCACUUCCGGCGCGCCCGGUCACCUGUCAACCCUGCCGGCGCCGCCGUCGGGUCACCAUUGGGGUUACCCUCCGCAUCAUCCCCCGUAUCAGCCGCCGCAGCAUCCGGACAUGCGUCACCAUCACCACGAUAUGCGACCGCCCGGACCUCACGAGCUGCGACCCGGCGACCUCAGAAACCAGGAGUUGCGGCACGAGAUGCAGCGGCCGGACCUCCGACAUCCGGAGAUACAGAGGCAUCAGGAGUUAACCAGGCACGACAUCGCCAGGCAUCAGGAUAUGCCGAGCAUGCGAUCGGAUAUGUCAGAGAUGCGGUCUAAUCACGAAUUCUUGGAAUUGAAGAUCGAUACGGAGUUGAGGAGUCAGGACAGUGGUCAGCAGCAGCAGCAGCAGCAGCAGCAGCAGCAGCAGCAGCAGCAGCAACCGCAAAACCAAAGUCACCAGCAGAGAAAUCUGAAGAGGACCAUGAGCGACUCCGACUGCGACGACGUGUUCUCGGAGGAGAGCGGCAAGGAACCAUGCAACUCGCCCGGAGGCGACUCCUGCCAGCACGCGUCGCGAAAACGCAGGAGGGGGAUGAUCGAGAAGAAGCGUCGCGACAGGAUCAACGCGUCCCUCGGCGAGCUCAGGAGAUUGGUACCGGCAGCAGCCAGGGAUCCUCACAGCGGAAAGCUCGAGAAAGCCGAGAUCCUGCAGCUCACUGUCGAGCAUCUGCGCACUCUUCGCAAUAAAGGACCGGAAGGCUACGACAGUACGAAGCUAGCUAUGGAUUAUCACGCGGUAGGCUGGGGCGAGUGUGCCGCCGAAGUGGGUCGGUACCUGGUGACUAUGGAGGGCCUGGACGAGAGAGAUCCGCUCCGGUUACGACUGCUGUCGCACCUGCAGAGCUUCCACCGGGACCAUCCACCGUCAGCCGUACCUUCGGCGGUGCCCUCGGCGGCGUCCACGACGUUGACGUCGACCUCCACCGCCAGCAGCUACGAACCGCCCCCGAGUACAGUCUCCACCGGGAUGCCACCAGGUCCGGGGACCAUGCCGCCUCUUCUGGGCGGCUGGGGCCAGUAUCCGGGUCAGUAUCCCCAGCAACAGCACGGGAAACCUUAUCGACCCUGGGGCGCGGAACUGGCGUACUGACCUUGAACCCUCGAUGCGGAAAGAAUCGACGGCCGCGAGCUCGAUUUGGUGCAAGAACUGAUAACAACGAGAACAUUCUAAUUGCGAGACUGUAGAAUUUAUACUUUCUCGCUUUGCAGACAGAAUUUGACGAAUUUUACAAGGAUUUAUUGGAUUUUACAUUUCAAAUAUUUUCGUAAAUAUUUGUCUGUCAAACGGAGAAUUUACCAAGUCGAAUUUCGGCCGAUUGAUUUAUUCGCCAAAUUUAAUUAACGGUAUAUAUUUUCGCGUUCUUGCGAAAUUCUUUUUAGAACACUUUUGUUGAUGAAAUAAAUCAAUUUGUAAGAUUUACAAUUAGCGCAUAUCGCGUUUAAUAGGAAAUAUAUGUAAAAGAGAAAGAGAGGGACGAAUUUUGUAUGUAUAUUUUUUGUACAAUAUUUUAACACCUUGUCAACGUAUCUCAGGAAUGUUCAACGACCAAAACUGUAUAUCAGUAUACUGAUGCACUUUUUCAAUGAGUGAGACAAUGAUAGUCAUGUGUGAAUACCUAACGGGAAAAAAGAUAUUUAUCGAUAGUGAAAAGUUGUAUAUAAAAGAUUGUACAUAAACACGUUUACAUGUAAAUAAUAAGAUAUUUAUAAUUAUAUAUCGUAAUCGACUACCGGUUUGCGACUUUUGUAUGUAUAAUUGCCUCAUUCGAGUGAUAAACGAUUGCGUGAGCGUGUAAAGUCCAGCGUGAAUAAAAAACAGAAGAUGAGAGAGAAGGAAAGGAAUGUGCCAUUUACGCAUUUCAAUUUGUUUACGUGUGAAAGAGGUCCGAGUAUUUUUGCAAUACGAUUUUGUAAUAAAGCGAUAACGCACGAGAAUACAAAUAGAACAUCGUCUCUCGUCGCAUGUGAU